AUGCUUUCGAAGGAGGAAGAUUAUAUUGACAACGAGUAUUACACUAUGAAUCGUCAAUUUUUUCGUCUAAUUGGAUUGUGGCAAGGUCAGACGUCGUUCAAGAACAUAAUUUAUGUUUAUUUCAUUAAUUUAAUACUAACAUUUGCAUCAAUCGGACAGAUACAACUUUUGUUCACGUCAGAAAGAAAUUUAAUGUCGAUCACCAAAUUACUGGAAAUGCUUUUGCCUACACUAUGUUUCAGCUGUUGCUAUUGCAAUCUAUUGUUGAAUGAUAGAGUUAUGAAGAAAAUUCUUUUCCGUAUCAAGUCCGAUUGGGAUGACCUAGCAGACAAACCAGAACUAAUGAUAGUGAAGAAAUAUGCUGAAAUUAGCAGAAUUUGUACAAUAAUAAUCGCAGUUUGCUUUUAUAUUUAUAUCGUAUUUUUGAUAUUUCCAUCAUUGUUGAGUGUGUUUCGGUAUGUUUCUGGUGAUAUAAAUGAAACGGAAUUAAUAUUACCAAUUCGUGCUGACUAUUUCUUGAAGAACCUAAUGGUUUAUUAUAUCGGACUUAUAAUCCAAUACGUAAUUAUUAUAGUCACGUGCACGGUAGGAAUUGCUAACUAUUCCAUGUUUAUAGCAAUCGUACAACAUGCAUGUGCACUUUUCUCCAUUGUCCAAUGGAGGGUUAAACAUAAAUACGAAAAACUUGCACAUAAUUCUUAUUAUAUUAAUGUUGAAAGUGAAUUAACCGAGGAAAACGGAUGGAUAGUCCAUCUCAUAAAAUUCUAUAAACGGACGAUCGACAUUAUUGUCGUUUUCAUUUAUCCUUGUAGAUUAUAUUUACCGUUAACCGAAUCGAAGGAAUUGAGAAGCUCUUGUAUAUUAUUUGUACCAUGUUUGUAUCGCUAUUACGUUAUAACUGGUCCAAUAAUUUCGUGUGGUUUCAAUUUCAUCUUGAAUAUAUAUUCCGGUCCAUCGUCUGCACCUACAAGGACCACAAAUUGUACAAUAUCUCGAAUUUUAACUUUUCAUUUGGCAUGCCAAUUCCCGUUUUAUUCGUUAUCAUUGAGAAACCAAAAAUUGUUACUCUUCUUAACAAUGUAUAGCAUGAGACUGUGCGGUAUAUCCCUGAUGGGCGCAGUAUUUAUAUCGCAUGAGCUGUUCGCAACGGUAAAAUAUUUUCUCAAUAAUUAUAUAGCUAAGACAUCAACUAAACAACGUAUACUAUUCGAAUAUAUUCUUACUAGAUCAUUGCUAAAUCUUUUUCUUUCGCUAUGGUAUUGUAUAAUCUGCAAUGAAUUUAAUAGCAACAAAUAUGAUAUAAUUGAUGAUCAUAAUGUAUUGCGAUCAUACGAAUACAGAAGAAAGAGCAAAUAUUGGCAUACUUUUCGGAAUUUACUAAUUGUGUCCGUCAGAGUAUCCAGCUCAUCUGUCACGAAACGUGUCGAGUAUAAAGGACUUGCGUCUCAUUGGAUGAUAAUAUUAAUUCAAGGAUUCUGA